CUUUGCCAAGUCGGAAACACAAGUUACUGUAAACAAUGUAAUUAAUUAAAAAUAUGAUCAAAAAUCGUAUCGUAAUAGUUUAAUGACAGUAAAUUAUCAUCCAGAUUUAUCAUGCUUAUUGUUAAUUCCUCUUUAAUAUUGUAGAUGUUAAGUUGGGAAAUUUUAGAGUGAACAUUUUCACUGUCAUAUUAGGCCUAUUUAUUUAGUUGUUAUGGAUGGAUGGAUCAGGCUACUUAAAUCCUAAAUUUAGAAAUUGUCCAAUCCCACUUGAUUUCAUCAUAGUAAAAUGGAUGCAGCCAUCUUAGUAAAUCAGCUUCUGAAAAUUCCAAACAAGUAUAUGAAAAUUUUCUCUCAACAAGACAGAGUUGAAGCCAUAGUUCAUCGUUCCUGGCUGAGGGACUUAGAAGAACACAACAAUGUGCCCAAUGAGUUCAUCUUGCAUGAUCAGCUGUCUCCGUCUGAGGUGGAGGCAUGGUUUAAACAGGGAGAGAACCUGGGAUCAUCAUGGAUUCACCUACUUUUUGUGGUGGUAGAGAAGCUUGACACUCCAGUGAUUCCACUCCCGAGACUCAAACCUGGUGGAAAGAUAGAGGCAGUCUUGUCCUAUUACCAAGUAUUACAUUAUGUCUCCCACACUAAUCACAAAAAUCUCUGGAAGGAAGCUUUCAAAAAGUAUUCAAAUAAUGUAUACAGUGGACGAUAUUCAGACCAUUCUACGAUACAGUUGACAGAUAGUUCUAGAGUGUUGCGAAAUGUGAUCACUCGAGCGUACGGUUGCCCCAUUCUGUCACUCGAUGGCCGACCUUUGCCAGUAGAGGAGAAUGUCACCAUCCAUCCCAACCUAUUACCGUGUAGAUUCGCUUUGGAGGACGGCAAAAGUUUCAUCUUAGUCUUUGAAGGUGUUCCAAGCCACACACUUCAAGACUGUGUAAUGUUCAGUCCAGCUGUAGUCAACUGUCACAGCAAGGUCCAGUGUUUGGUCUACCAGCUGUUGUGUCUACUAAGACAUGUACAUGACAAAGGUCUAGUGUUGGGUGAUAUAACUCUGGCAGAUAUACAUGUAGAUGCUCACCUCUGGAUACAGGUAAUACCUAAGCUAACAGCCAACCAGUAUUCGUUCCCCUCUGCGUCUUCAGUGAAAGAGAAAGUGAAAGAUGUACCUGCGUCAAACUCAAGCUCCACCAGUGACCAGAAACUCACUGAGCUCACAUUGGCUUGGGUGAGAGGAGCUGUCAAUAAUCUGGAUUACCUCACUGCUCUCAAUAAUCUAGCUGGCCGCAGGUUUGGAGACCCUCGCUGCCACCACGUAAUGCCGUGGGUGACAGACUUCUCCGCUCCUAGUGGUGCCAACUGGCGAGAUCUCACCAAGAGCAAGUUCCGCCUCAACAAGGGCGAUCGACAGCUAGACUUGACUUAUGACUUGCCUCCAAGUUGUAAUUCUGCCCAGGUACCCCACCACAUAUCAGAUGUGCUGUCUGAGAUCACAUACUACGUGUAUCUGGCCCGUGUCACCCCAAGGUCUGUGCUGUGUCAGUACGUCAGGCCACAGUGGGUUCCUGCUGAGUAUCCUAGCUCUAUACAGCGAUUGCAGCAGUGGACACCGGAUGAGUGCAUCCCGGAAUUCUUCACAGAUCCUUCUGUAUUCAAGUCCAUUCACCCAGACUUGCCAGACCUAGAGGUACCGUCAUGGGCAUCGUCUGCUGAACAGCUGGUCGCUCACCACCGGGCUGCGUUGGAGAGCAGCUAUGUUAGCGAUAGGCUCCAUCAUUGGAUAGACCUCACCUUCGGAUACAAGUUGUCAGGCCAGGCUGCUGUCAAGAGCAAGAACGUCUGUCUACAGCUGGUGGACGGCCACACUGAAGUCACGGACUGUGGUGUUGUACAGCUGUUUACCUCCCCCCACCCUCCACGGGCCGCCCCCUCCCCCUACUGGGGCGUCACUCCGCCUAGACUGCACCACCACCACCCCCGACCUGCCACAAAGGGCAGUGAUGAAGAGGAAGGUCCCAGUAGUGGAGGGGAGGACAGUGUUGCCAACACUAACAGCCAAACUUCCCACUCGUCUCCCCUAGCUCUCACUAGACUACUGAGCCGAUCCCGUGGAUCUUUGCAGGCAAGUGGCUCCUCCCCAGGAGACAAGCAAGGCAGCAUCAGUCUCCCUCAUGACUACAACCCUGUAGCUCUGCUGACCUCUGUGGAGGCACUGUACAGCUUCACAGGCACAGGACCUACCAAGGUCGCUGACUCUGUGGGACAGGCUGCGCAAUGCAAACAGGUGGUGGCUGCACGCAGACAGCAGGAGAUGCUGAUUCUGGGAUGUCUCAUUGUGGAAAUGUUUCUCAAUAGCAAGGUUCGUUUGUUCAGCCAGAAGCUGUGUCUGGAGGAGCGUUUGUCCGUUUGUCAGUCUGUGUUUGCUGCUAAUCGGGACACAGUACCUCGCUGCUUCCGCUCUCUGGUGGCUUUGCUUCUUGAUGAUAGUGACAGUGAGGCCCCAGUCACUUCAAGAGGCUCCCCUCCCCCCUCUGCUCACCAGUUGCUACAACCUACACUGUCCUCCAGCCUGCUGCCCCUCCCCCCCACCCUGCCUACCGUGUACAGUCUGGUGACAACACUAAGAGAGCACACUGCAGCAGUGACUAUAUUGCAGACCAUGCGAGAGACUCAUGCAGACAGGGAAGAUGCUUUGCUGGCCUGCAUUCAUAAACUCAAUCAGAUGAAGGUGGAGAGUGUUGCCAAACACCUGCAGCAGUUGACUGAACACCCUCAGUUCACUGUAGACCUGGUGUUGAGUUAUGUCGUUGGACUACUGGAAGACCCUGACACAGCUGUGUCUGCUGCUUGGUACCUCUUUGACCCAAUCGCCAAAGCGCUGGGCCCAGUGGCCAGUACCAAGGUGCUGCUAGAGCCCAUGGUACGUCUGUACGACUGUGAUCACACCCUCAGUUCUCCGGCUCAGCUCAAGAAGCGACUCAAGCUGUAUCAUCGCAGCUUCCUGCUGAGGCUUAUGGUCCGUUUCCGACUCAAGACGUUCCUCGAUCAUUUCAUCACUCCCCUGGUAGAGGCCGUCGGAGGAUAUCACGAUGUUGAUCUGCUUCUUCCAGCUCACCACAAUGAAGUUAGUGAGGUGGAGGAGGCUACGGAGUGUGCCAGUGUGAUGUCUCCAUUAGACGAGGACUCUUCUGCAGAUUCAGAGAAGACACCAGUGUUUGUGAAAGAGAGUGACUCACAUCAACAAACAGACACCCACCCUCAGGAGCCUGAAGUGUUUGUGCUGGAGACUGAGGAGCCAGACCAGCAACAGCAGAUUGCCUCAUUGUUGCUGGAACUGCAGACAGACGAUGCAGACGACGGGGACGGAGCAGCUCCAGACCAGUCAGAGCCCAGUGACGGGGAGUCUGUGACCUCCACGGAGCAGCAACAGCAAUCCUCCUCCGCCACAGAGUACAACAAGUGUUGUCUGUUGGAGGUGUCCGAGGUGGGGGUGGCCAGUAUACAGUGGCUGAGUCAUCGUCUAGGCCCCGUGCUGACAGCCACACUCCUCAGCAGGAACCUGCUGCGCAUGCUGAGUCUAUGCUACACUCAGCACGGCUGUACUCAGCAACACGGCGCCAGACUGCUGGGAGACGAGAAUGCUGCUAAUGUACUCCAGUGCCUUAGUGAUAUUGUGGGGCUCUAUGGAGAGCAGUUUGUGGUGGUUCAGUACUUGCCAGCCACAGCUGACGUCAUCUCAAUGUCCAAGAAACUGACAGCCAGUCUAGAGGCGGCUGUGGUUGCUCAUCUGACACUUCUCACUCAUUGCUUGCCUCUACUCUCCGACAAUACUCUACAUCAGCUGUUCCAGGAAGUGAUCCUGCUGCGUGUGUGUAGCCCAGCGCUGCGUCUAGGCGCCACUCUGCGCCAGAUGUUCCCAGGCGGUGUGGCGGCGCGCCGAGCACUCAUGCUGAAGCUGGUGCAGUGUCUGCAUGUGUUGAUGCUGAGAGCUACUACUGAGCAGAAGAUUGCGCUGGUCCACACAAUGGCCAAGUUCUUCUCUGUCUUCAGCAAGGCUCGCGGACACACUGAUGACACUAGACUUGAGGAUCCAAUGAAAAUUAAAGAUGCAGACCCUGUUGGUUCAUUUUCACCACCAAAGUCUGGUACAGCUGAUGGUGACACUAACAGAUCCAAGCAGGCUCUAGAAGAGCUGGCUGCGGUUAUGUCACCAGAGCUGGCUAACUGGGCUUACGGACCCUUCGCCAGCUUCUUUGGAGAGUCAUUGAUGGAGCAAUCACUCAAAAAUCACUCGUUUAUCAGACAGUUGUGUGAAGAGCACCGUCUCAGCCAUAGUCAUAUCUCUGAUCCCCAGCUGAUUGAUCGAGUUGGAGAGGAUUAUGUGGAAGACUCUGUUGGAAGUUUUGGAACUAACGUCGUCGUCAUCGGCAACAGGAUUGACUUACAUGAGCCUGUACCCAGUCCUAACCCAGGACCUGAAGACACAGCUGAUAAUUUGCACAGGACUGAUAACAACACCAGGCAUUUGAGGGGUAACUGGCUGAGCUAUUGGCAGAAUGAGGUUGGCAACACUUCGUCCUUGCUGGAUAUCAAGCAGAUCAAAUUACUAAGCUUCAGUGGCCAUUGUAACAGUGUCCGAGCGCUGACUGUGCUGGACAACGAGAACAGCUUCUUGUCUGCCUCACGCGACAAGACUGUCAAAGUCUGGUCCAUCCGCAGCAUGGGAGAUGGAAGCACCGUAGUGCCAGCCCAGUGGACGUACACUGGACAUCGCAAGUCCGUGUUGUCUGUCUGUUUCUGUGAAGCGGCCAGGUUGGCUGUGUCAUGUGACUCUACUGUACAUGUUUGGGAUCCGUAUGUAGGGAGAGUUCUGGCUCACACAGACCCAUCUAGGUCCCCUCCUGUCAACACUCUGCGCUCUCUACCUGCACCUAGUCAUCAGGUCUUGGCAGCAACUACAGAUCCUACUUUGAGAACGUUGGACACUAGAGUUGGUGGUUACGUCAAUGAGCUCAAGGUAGUAUCCACCUCUGCAGGGCUGGUAAGAUGCAUCGCAGUGUCUCCUAGUGCAUCCUGGGUAGCCCUGGGUCAGGCAUCGGGUCUGCUCACUGUCAUAGACUUGAGGACAGGAAUGAUACUGGCGGCCUGGCGAGGUCACGACGGAGAGGUGCUGCAGCUGGUGGCAGCUAGUGACACUACAUUAGUCAGCUCUUCUCUGGACCAGGCUGUCUCUGUGUGGAACCCUAGCGAAGGGAAACUCAAGUUCAACAUCAAGGGCCCUACAGAGCCAGUACACUGUGUGGAUCUGUACGGAGGCCAGCUGGUGUCUGGUACAACGGCUAACAGAGUCGGGGUCCACAGCUCCUUGGAUCCUGCCGCUACCUUCUCCUCCUCUCGGCUACGAUCAGACAGCUUCCGAGGAGUCCUCACCACCCUCCAGGUACUUCCACUAAACAGACUCCUCUUGCUAGGAGCGGACACUGGCAACAUCACACUCAUCUGUUAGAACUAGUCUUUCAUUACCCCCAAAGGUUGUCUGUACAUAUUGUCGCUACAUACUCAUAGUUGUGGCAGACAUUAUCCAUCACUUGUCAGUAAAAUACCGUCUUCCUUUAGAGUAGCUGUGGCCCUAGGCCAAGACACCAAUUGGGCCCUGCCCUACAUGUGAAACUUGCCGCGAUCUUGGCAAAAUCGUAAUCAUCUCCUGUGAAAAAUUAUGAGCGUCUACCACGAUCACGGGGACAUCAUCAUCAUCAUCAUCAUCAUCACCCGCGACCGUUAAGAAAUUGUGAACACCUCCCACAAUCAUAGGGAUAUCAUCACCGUCAUCUAUGAUCACGGUGAAAACAUGAACAUCUUGACGGAUAAGGGGGACAUCAUCAUCACCUGCGACCGAGGAGAAAUUAUGAACAUCACGAUUGUCACUUGAAAAAUUGGUGGGAUCUUGAAAAUCAAUGAAAUUGUGGCCG